AUGCCUGAUCAACCCCUUGAAUCACCCACUUCUACAGCCCUCCCCAUCAUCGAGCCACACGAUGCAGGCAGCGUGACGUCCGAGACGCGGCCGUUGCUGGGUCCUUGCAAGGCGCAACAAGAAUAUCAAACAUUCACCAUUCCAGAGGACGAGAAGCAAGACACUGUCAAUUCAGUCAGCCUCUUGGCCCUGUUCCGCUUCGCGACUCCACUGGAACUCACCGUUAACGCCGUCGGCCUGCUCCUCGCCAUCGUGUCAGGCGCCGCUCAGGGCAUGAUGCCGCUCCUCUUCGGCAACAUUGCCAAGGUGUUCACAGACUAUGGACGGAUUGUUGGCUGGCCCAGCACGGACAACAUGUCUGGCGGUAUCUACGCCGAACAUGAAGCCGCAAAACGCAACCUCAAGCACGACGCCAGCAGGACAGUUCUUUGGAUCACUGCAAUUGGCAUCACAACCUUGAUCUGCUCCUACACGUACACACUCAUCUGGAACUGGACAUCAGGGCGUCAGGCGCAACGCAUCCGUGAGCAGUAUCUCGGAGCCGUUCUGCGAAAAGAGGUCAAGCCGUUGGACACGUUCGGUGGGCGUGAGAUUGCGUCGCGCAUCGAGUCGGACUCAUUUCUCGUCCAGAUCGGCAUCGGCGAGAAUAUUCCAAUCACUAUGGAGGUACUCUCGGCGUGCAUCAUGAAUUUCGUUGUCGCCUAUGUCCAAUCACGAUCCCUGGCUGGCACGGCUACCGUGAUCUUGAUCUUGUUUAUCAUUGCUAGUGUACUCAUGGGGGUGGCGAUUCCAGUAUACCUGUACUUUGCCGCACCGGGGGAUGACAGAGCAAAGUCAUCCUCCCUGGCCGGGGAAGCGGUCUCAUCGAUCCGUACCGUCCAGUCGAUGACCAGCAUCAAGCUUCUCGCCGACCGGUUUGAUAGCCUCGUCGAGAAUCGGCACAAGGUUGACAGCAAGGUUGCCGUCAUCGCCGGCCUAUUUAUAGGCGAAUCGGUCUUACUUGAGUAUGCGGCUCACGCCACCGCCUUCUACUUUGGUGGUGUCCUCUACGCUCAGCAAAAGGUUGACGUGGUGGCGGUCAUCAGCGUCCUCUUCGUGAUGCUUGGCCCGUUUACCCCUUCCAGGCCCAACUUCGAGGCAGUCGUCAACGCACAGGGUGCUGCCGCCAAGAUUUUCCACACCAUCGACACCGUGUCCAUGAUCGACUCAGCAUCUCAUCAAACGGAACCUGCCCUUGGAGCCGUGGACUCGGGUGAACGUAACCGUGGGCCAGGCCGAGCAGACCUCGAGCGCGUCGACAGGACGCUUCUGGCCUCUGGACCCGAGGAAGGCACGGAUGAAAUAGUUGAUCUUUGGGGAUUAUUUCCCCGCAUCGUCAACCUCGACCUGCUGCACGGGCAGUGGUGCUUCAUUGCUCUGGUUGGGGCAGUAGCGGUCGGUGUGGCACCCCCCGCGACUGCGAUUCUGUUCGGCAAGUCCAUCGCUGCCUUCGAGAACCCAGACCUCCAAGAGGUGAAGCGAAACCUUGCCAGCAAAGCCUUCUGGUACUGCAUUGCGGGACUCGCAACAGGAGUUGUUUACUCGCUGUCCUGGACAUUUUGCGAGGUGUGUAAGAUGGAGUCGAACGUAACUGCCACACUACACACCAGGGCGUUCCGUGCCAUCAUGCGCCACGACGUCGAGUGGUUCGACAAGAACGAGGCUGGGAAUGUCACUGCUAGUCUCGAGGACGACGUGCAGGAGGGGCAGCUGCGGAGCCUGUUUUUAGUGACAUUCUGCGUUGCCACCUCACUCGCGACCAUUGUGGCAGGUAUCAUCAUCGGUCUUCUCCAUGCCCCCCUAUUGGCGCUCAUGGGAAUCGCUUUCAUACCUCUCAUCAUGGCUUCAAGCUACGUCCGUCUACGCGCCAUUGAUCUCAAGGAACAGCGCUUGAAGAAGACAUACGCCAAGAGCACCAAGCUGGCAACCGAGGCGGCGGAGUGUGUAUAUAUCGGUACUGUAACCUCGCUGGCGUGCAAGAGUCAAGUGAUGAGCAACUACUCGCAGGCGCUCCGUGCGGCUGAAACGAUCUCGACUCGCAUGGCGUGGCAGUCACAAGCACUCUAUUCCAUAUCACAAGCGACUCUCUUGUUCAUCACCGCCGCCAUGUGCUACAUGGGUUCACUCUGGCUCGCCGAAGGCCGAUACACGACGGACAAGUUCUUCAUCUGCUUCAGUGCGGUCAUCCUCUCCUCUCUCCAAGCGAGUGGCAUAUUCGGGUCAGUCUCCACUGCGUCGCGUGCAGCGCGGCUAUUGCGCGACCUCUUCAAACUGAUCGACAACACGCCCAAGAUUGACAUGACCUCGUCCGACGGCAUCAUGCUGGACCCUUCCCAGGCCUGCGGUGACAUCAAGUUGAACAAUGUCACUUUCCGCUACCCCUCUCGCCCGGAUGUGCCUGUCCUCGAGGGCCUGACCCUCGACAUCCCGAGUGGCAAGUACGUCGCGCUAGUUGGCCCGGCGGGAUGUGGCAAGUCGACAGCCGUGCAGCUCAUCCAACGCCUCUAUGACCCUAUCAGCGGCUCGGUCACCCUCGGCGGCGCCGAUAUCCGCACCCUCAACGUGGCCUCGUACCGCUCCCACAUGGCGCUUGUAUCACAGGCACCGUCGUUGUUCACCGGCUCCAUCAGAUUUAACAUACUCUUGACCGCGAUCGAGCCUGACACCGCAACCGAAGCGCAAAUCGAGCAGGCGUGCCGCGAUGCCAACAUCUACGACUUCAUCAUGGGCUUGCCCGACGGCUUCAAUACCGAGCUCGGCAGCGAGGGCCUGCAGCUCUCCUGUGAGCAGAGGCAGCUCCUGGCGAUUGCGCGCGCGCUCAUCCGCCAACCCCGCGUGUUGCUUCUGGACGAGACGCCUGCCGAACUUGACUCUGCGUCUGAACGUGUGGUACAAAAGGCCGAACUUGACUCUGCGUCGGAACGUGUGGUACAGGAGGCACUCGACAAUGCGUCGGCUGGACGCACUGUUCUCGCCGUUACCUCCCGUUUAUCGACAAUCCAGAAAGCGGACAUGAUCUACUUCAUGUCGGAUGGUGGAGUCGUAGAAACGGGCACGCACCAGGAGAUGCUCGCCAAGCGUGGCGCGUAUUUUGACUUUGUCCAGUUAACCAGUUGA